UACCCCAGCGCGGCAGUCCGAGCGGAUAAUACAAGGAAGGGGUGAGGCGGCCACGGGAUUGUUACUGUAGACCGACCUGUAUGUGAGGCCUCAGAGCAGUGAAAAAGGGUAAGCAUUCUUGGCCAUAGCGGGAGAAUUACGAUCUCCCCUACAUUUUCCCUGCUAGCGCGAUCUCAGAGGCGUCUCCACAACUUUCCAGGUUUUCCAAAACCUCUUCCAGCAUCUAGGCUGCAAAAAGCUCUACCCUGGCUCCUAGCCCCCAUUGCUCCAAACCCUCCUAACAGGGCUUGAGUUCAAAAGCCUACUAUACGCUACUGAGAACCUGCCCGUAUCUUUUCCAUCCCAUCCCUUUCCAUUUGCUUCCUUUCUCUCCAGUCUUCGAACUUCUCCUCUGUUCAACUGUCAAUUCCACAGAGAAUUGGUUGGUUCAGUUCGCAAGCGCACCCAAGCAAUCUGAGAGCGUGAUCACAAGACUGGAUGUCAUUUGCGUUUCCUGCAGCCCUGGACCACAUCUCUUUGUGAGCAGGUCGGGUCAAGGGACUAGUUGAAAAGAGGAGAGACCCAAAGCGCACAGACAUGGCCGAAUUUCAGGGAGCUCUUGCGGCGUCAGGCGACUGGGAGAUAGACGUGGAGAGCUUGGAGCUAGAGGAAGAGGGCCACGGAGCGCAGAUGCCGCCGCCGCCGCCGCCGCCGCCACUGCCUCCGCCAUUCACCCAGCCGCGUGAGUCCAGCUUCCUGCCAGCCAGCCGGGAAGCGGAGGACGAGGAAGAGGAUGAAGAUGAGGAAGAUGAGGAAGAUGAAGGAGAGGACGAAGGAGAGGGGGAAGACGAAGGGCCAUCCCCGACGGCGUCAAACUCACCCCAGAAGUCGGCGCAACUACUGGAGCAGAGCCCGGCCCCGCGGCGGCUGCCGCCCCAGCAGCCCCUGCAGGGACAGCCGGAGACUGCGGGAGAGCCCGAGCGAGGGGGCAGAGGCGGGGGAGAGCAGAGGAAAUUGAGCCGCACGCCCAAGUGCGCCCGCUGCCGAAAUCACGGCGUGGUGUCCUGCCUGAAGGGCCACAAGCGCUUCUGUCGAUGGCGGGACUGCCAAUGUGCCAACUGCCUACUGGUAGUAGAGAGACAGCGGGUCAUGGCGGCUCAGGUGGCACUCCGGAGGCAACAGGCCACCGAGGACAAGAAAGGGCUGUCUGGGAAACAGAAUAAUUUUGAACGCAAAGCAAUCUUUCAGAGACAAGUACGGGCACCUAGUUUGCUGGCCAAAAGCAUUUUGGAAGGCUAUCGCCCCAUUCCAGCAGAAACUUACUUAGGAGGAACUUCUACUUUGCCUCCCCCAGUGAGUGACAGGAUGAGAAAAAGACGAGCAUUUGCUGAUAAAGAAUUAGAAAACAUUAUGCUAGAAAGAGAAUUUAAAGAGAGAGAGAUGAUGGAAGCCACUCAAGCUGCUGCCUUAUUUCUGCCUAACCACAUGGUUCACGGACCCGAAUACAACAUCUAUAAAACUGCUUAUAACCCAACUGCGAUGGAAACUUCAAGCAAGGACUUUUGCAAUUUUUUGCCUACCUGUCUUGAUCUAACUAUGCAGUAUUCUGGAUCUGGAAACAUGGAACUGAUUUCUUCUAAUGUUAGUGUGGCUACUACCUACCGGCAGUAUCCUUUGUCUUCCCGGCUCUUAGUCUGGCCCAAAUGUGGGCCCAUUAGUGAUGCUCUUCUUUACCAGCAGUGCCUACUAAAUGCAACCACUUCAGUACAAACUCUAAAACCUGGGGCUAACUGGGAGUCUAAGGUGUCCCAAAUUCAAGAUGGACAAAAUAUUGAACGCAACGUGAUGUCAUCCAAAAUGGAAAACUCUCCAUUGUUAUCUUUUGCUCAUGAGAUCCAAACCUCCAGAAAUGAAAUUCAGUGUGCUCUUCAGGAAGUUCGUGAAAGAUCAGCUUUCUCCCCUCCCAAAAGAAAAUUUUCACAGAUCUCUGAUAAGGACUCUGUGUCUCCUCAAGAGCAUGUCUUAAACAAGAUCAACAAAGAAAGCAGGAGGCACCCUCUGCCACUCAAGUAUAAUCCAUUCCAUUCAUUAUUUCAGCAAACACUUAAUGACAAAUCAGGACCUGAGUUAAAAACACCAUUUGUCAAAGAAUCCUUUGAAGAGGUGGCUAAGAAACAUAGAGAGUGUUCAGUCAAAGAGAACCAGAAAUACAAAUUUACAAUAGACAGAUAUGCAAAAGACUUUUUUGUAGCCAAACAAGUUGGAGCGAAACUUUCCACAAAUGAACCUCUGUCAUUUUCUGUUGAAUCUAUUCUUAAGAGGCCUUCAUCAGCUGUCACUCAUGUCUCUCAAUGAACUAUUGCUUAAAAUGAAGACAUUAAACUUUUGACAUCUUACAGAACUUUUGCCAGCUACUAACUAUUUUUAAUGAAAAAAACUGUACAGAGGAAUUAAUGAUGUAAAUGAUGAUUUAAAAAUGUGUUCAUAUGUAUUCAUGUACCUUUUCUCAUUCAAAUAAAUAUAUUUAAAUCUAAAAACUGACAACCCACCUAGAUGCAAACUAUAAAGUGCUAUGUUUUAUACAGCAUUUCAAAAACAACAAUAAAAAUAAAAUUGCAAAUGAA